CAACAUUUGAAAAAUGUCGGCCCCCUGUGCCUGGUGAUCCCAAACAAAUUUCACUUCAAGAAUUCCUUUUUUACAGAAUGGACGACCCUUUAGAAUUUCCUGAUGGACCAGUGGUAAAAACAUUGAGGUCCAGACACAAAGGUCCUGUUGAAGAUGGGGUCAAGACUAUUAACUGUGGACCAUUCCUCCGGAAAACAGGGUUGUCCUGGAUUGUGACCUGUCAAUAUUUGUGGUGUGUGAAGGACAUAUGUGGCAUAAUCUGUUGUGUGUUUACAUGGAUGUUGAUAUUGUAUGCAGAAUAUGUUGUUUUAUAUGUGAUGCUAUGGCACAAUCCAUAUACUACAUGGAGUUUUAUAAAUGCAGUCAUCUUUCAAUUCUUUGCUUUCAUGGCAAUAAGUUCACAUAUGAAAACAAUGUGGUCAGACCCAGGAUCUGUCCCAAAAGGGAAUGCAACAAGAGAGCACAUUUUACGCAUGGGACUUCGUGCUGGUCAGGUUGUCUUUAAAUGUCCUAAGUGUGUUAGUAUCAAACCAGAAAGAGCACAUCACUGCAGUGUCUGUCAGAGGUGUAUAAAAAAGAUGGAUCAUCAUUGUCCAUGGGUUAACAAUUGUGUUGGAGAAAAUAACCAAAAAUUUUUUGUUUUAUUUACAAUGUAUAUAUGUUUAAUAUCAUUCCAUAGUUUGUACAUGUCAGUGUAUCAUUUUAUCACCUGUGUUGGGAAGGAGUGGAAAUUAUGCUCAGGGUUUUCCCCACCAGCGACCACAGUUUUCUUGAUUUUCCUGAUAUUUGAGGGAUUGUUGUUUGGUAUAUUUACAGCUAUAAUGUGUGGAACUCAACUAACAGCUAUCUGUUCUGAUGAAACUGGGAUAGAGAAUUUAAAGAAAGAUUCUGGUGAACUUGAGAAGAGAUCCUAUUGGUUGAGUUUGAAGUCAGUAUUUGGACAUCCAUUUAGCUGGAGAUGGUUUUCACCUUUUUCCAAUCCCAAGUUCACAAAUAAUGCAUCGUACCACUGUGUUUGACUGGAAGGAUAAUUUAAUCUACAGUAAAGAACAAAAGUACUUUAUACUUAAAGUUGAAUAAAAAGACUUAGCCGAUAUUUUGUUUAAGCACAGUAGGAAAGUUCUGUUUGAAAAAAAUGAGAUAUUAUAAUUUUUUAUGCCCCUGUCGUAGUGGAGGGGGCAUUAAGUUUUACCCUUGUCUGUCUGUCUGUACGUACGUACGUCCAAAAAUUGGUUUCCGUUCUCUAACUUUAGUUUCCCUCCACCAAGUGAUAUGAAACUUAUACACAAUGCGUAUUACCACAAAACACAGAUCAAGUGUGAAUUUGGGUGGCGUCACUUUUACCAUUCUAGAGUUAUGCCCCUUUACAAAUGGAAAAAUUGCUGAAAUUUUCGUUUCUGUUCUCUUACUUUAGUUUGCCUCAACCAAAUGUUAUGAAACUUAUACACAAUGCUUAUUACCACAAAACACAGAUCAAGUUUGAAUUUUGGUGGUGUCACUUUUACAGUUCUUGAGUUAUGUCCCUUUACAAUGUUAUAUGCAAGCAGGGGCAUCAUCUAUGUCCCAUGGACACAUUCCCCAUUUAUUUAAGAUUAUGUUUUAAGCUAAUGAUUUGAUGCUGCACAAUUUGUUAAAUGUAGCAUUUUUCAGUGAUGAAGAAAUAAACUAGUAAGAUUAAAAUGAUGGAUAAAAAAUAUAAGUGCUGGGCAGUUUUCAACAUUCUGAUUAUAAAUGUUUUUUCUUUUUAUUAGGUUUCAGCCUCCCAACACUGAUAUUGAUAGUUGGAACCUGUCUUGUAGCAAGGUGCAUUUAAUUAAUUGAUUAGUAUUCCUACUGAAGGUCAGCAGUUCACUCUCUGGGCACUCCAGCUUCCUUCACCAAUAAAAAACUGGCCCCCAUCAUAUAGCCAAGAGUGCUGAAAGUUGCAUUAAUUACAAUCAAUCAAUCAAUAUUAAGUUUCACAAAUUCUAAGAGAUGCUUUUUAACAAAUAGAUGGAUUUGUGGCUAAUGGGUCUAACUACUUCAUAUUUGUGAUCAGCACAUUUCUAUGUAUUUACCUUAAUUAUUACAUUUAGUUUGGAUUAGUGUUUUUUUAUGACUUUUUUACUAUGCUUUGAAAGAAGAAAUAUUAAGCCAACAAAGAGUAAAUUUAAGUAUUGUAUUGACACUUGUCUAUUGACUGUAUGUUGCUCUCUUAUUAUUUGUGUUGUUGAUUUCUAUCCCAUUUAUGUAUAUCUCACAUAUCCUUUUUUUUUUUGUCUAGAAUUAUCUGUUUAUGAAAGUUUUACCAGACCUGUUGAUGUGCAACAGCUAUUUUUUAUAUGUUCAUUGUACCUUUUGACAUCAGAUCUGACCACUCACUCAACAUAUACCAGACUUGGACACUUGGUAGGCACUUUGUCAACCCAGGUUUACACUUAAAAAAGAAAAUUUUAUUAAAGUAUUCAAUAUAUUGAAUUACCUGCAUGGAAACAAAUUUAAAUUGACUGAAGGUCUUUUUUUUGUUUUCUAAAGUGAUGCAAAUUUUGUGUUUAUUUAUUGCUUUAGAAAUUUUAUCCAAUCUGCUUAAUAUAGUUAACAUCUUUUGUAAACUCUACCCAGAUCUACAUUUUAUUUACAAUAGUAAAGGUUAUCACAGUCAAUGUUUAAUUAUUUGUUAAACUCUCAAUAUCAGAUUUCAACGAAAUAGUGUAAUUAUUGUUUAUUGUGCCAUUUCAUUAUUCAUCCAGAAGUUUGUAUGGAAACACCAUCAGAUAAAUUAUGUCAAGGUUAUUUUCCAUCAACAUGUAUAUAAAUUUUUGUAAAGACUUUCAAAUCUGUAUAGAAACACUAUAUUGUGGUUUACUGUUCUUAAUUUGCAGGGGAGCAACAUUGGGAUUGUUCCAUUAAACAUAUAAAGAACAAUCUACGAUCUAUUCUCACGAAUUUUGUUCACAGAACUUACAGACCAUAGGCAUUCCCUUACUGCUAUGUAUUUUUUUAUGAAGCAGCUCUCAACUUGUUUAAAUAUUCCUGGCAUGAAAAAAUCCAUAAUAACAUUUUUUUUAUUUUUUUUUUAAUUAAUAUUUAUUAUGUUGACAUUGUUUAUUUAUUAUGUUUACAUUGUUUAACUGUUUAAAAGUUAAUAGCAUUCAAUGUUACUGAAAAUGUACAUGUAAAUCUAUGCAGAUCUGCAUGGUAAAAUUAGGUGGCCUGGUAACACUUGCAAGGUAAACCAUCAUUCUAUUAAUAACUAUAGAGAGGUGAACCAAGUUGAUACAGACUGCUCAGUUUGAAAUUUAAUGUUUUCCCACAAGCAUUUAUGCUUUUUUAGCCGAUCAUGCAGUAAUGUUUUAACCAUCCUUCAAACAAAAGAUUUUCCUAUGAUUCGAUGUAAAACCAAUUGCACCAUCAGGCUUUGAAUUCAAUGAACACCACUCUUGAGGUUAUUCCAAUUUUGCGUAAAAAUUAUUCUUUUGAAAAUAACAAUUAAUGAACUAGGUCAAAAGGAGCAUUGCAUUGUCUAAGCACGAUAAAAUCAGUAAAGUUUUAAGAGUCAAAAACAAAACAUGAUGCUAAACUCUCCUAGGAAAUAAUAUUUUUCAAUUAUCUUGAUAAGCAUAGUUAAUUGAUAUUUUCUCAAACAUUCAACACUUUAAUGGUUGGUGACUACAUUAUUUAAUUAUAUAGAAAUAUUGAACAUGAUACCUUAUACUAAUCAUAAUUUGAGUAGUCCUUUAAAAAAAACCAUUAGACAUGUUAAAUCAGUCCUUGAACUAUGAUUUUUGUCUUUUUAUGAUUGUUGUCUGUAUAAUUUGUUGGUUAAUCAUUUUGUCUUAUUAGAUGACUUGUUAUAUUUUGUCAAUGCAUAUUAGAGAACAGUCUCAGAUUUAUCAUUUAUUUGUGUUUUGAGAACAGAUUUGAUUUUAUAGAGUAUUUAUCAUUAAAGUGUUUUAUAUCUAA